AAAACACACAGCCUGCUGCAUGCCCCAGCUGAACAACACCAUUGACAGCUUGUUGUGCAACUGCGAUAGAAUGGCUCUCAGACUAAUCAACCACGCUAUGCUCCGCCAGCUGGCCGCUCAGUUGCCCCGCAACGCCCAGGUGGGCAGCGUUGCCUCCGUCCACACCCUGGACAAGAUCGGCAAGCGCGAGGUUGUCGGCUACGGGUGGAACGGCACCGCUUGCUACGCCGACCGUGUGGACUACCCCAUGCCGGCUGUGCGCUUCCGCGAGCCCAACAACGAGAUCAACGCCCUGCGCGCCAAGGAGCAGGGUGACUGGAAGAAGCUGAGCCCCCAGGAAAUCAAGGCCCUGUACCGCGCCAGUUUCUGCCAGACCAUUGCUGAGGUCCAAGCCGGCACUGGCGAGUGGAAGCAGCACUUGGGCGUUAGCCUGCUCUUCUGCGCCGGAGCCAUCUGGAUUGCCAUCCUGAUGAAUCUGUUCGUCUACGACGAGCUGCCAGUUACCUUCGACGAGGAGCACCAGAAGGCACAGCUGAAGCGUAUCAUUGAUCUGGAGAUGAACCCCGUGACUGGUCUGACCUCCAAGUGGGACUACGAGACCAAGCAGUGGAAGAACUAAGUCCGCAAUUCCAGAUAGCCCCCUGUGUGUGACAGUAAUUAAGCAGACUUCGAUGUUUAUUAAGUGGAACCCAAGAUAGUUACAAUUAAAGUUGUGGCCGCUGCUGGCUAAACUGAAA